AUGAAGGAUAUCUUCCUAGUUGGUGCGUGUUAUGUCGACACGAUCUUGAGUGUCCCGCACUAUCCCGAGGAAGACUCCAAGCUGCGUGCCGAGUCCCUUGCCGUCCGCCGCGGGGGCAACUGCCCCAACUCGCUCGAGGAAGGCGUGGAGGAGCCGGCGAGCAGCUUCAUUGUGCGGAGCUUGCGCACGGGAAGCCGGACCAUCGUCAACUACAACGGCAUAGACGAGAUGACGGUAGAAGAGUUCAAGACCGUCGUCGCCAGAUUCACGGCGGGUAAGAAUGAGGCCGAACUGGGCAAGAACGGUUCCUG